GAGCGAACCAGUAAACAGCUCUGAACGAACCAGUAAAACUACUUUCCCUGCCUCCGCUGUCUGCUGCAGUUUAUCCUGAGUGAUCACUCCUAGCAGAGCACCGACUGGUUUCGCUUUCUCUCUCCGACUAGAGCUGUCCGCGGUGCUGAAAUGAACCAGAGCGCGGGAGCCGCGCAGCACAGCCGCCGCUACUCCAGCGAUGACAAGGACGCAGGGCCGAUUGGGUCAGACAAGAACUGGAAGGGCAUCGGGAUUUCUCUGCUGGUCAUCGUGGGGGUUCUGUCUCUUAUCGGGCUCUCCAUUGUUCUGCUGUCUAAAGAUGAUGCUGGUAAACCUUUUGGUUCAGAGCUGACACUGGAUGACCUGUUUCAAAGAGACUUCCAAAUACAUGAUCCUGAUGCCAAGUGGAUCAGUGAUGAGGAGAUCAUCUUUCAGAGCUGGGAUGGAGACAUCUUGAAAGCCAACACACACAGCAACGAGACGCAGCUGCUGCUGAAGAACACCACGUUCGCAACUUUUAAGGCCUCAAAGUUUGCAGUUUCUCCAGAUCUAAACUUUGUUCUUUUGGGAUAUGAUGUCAAGCAGGUCUACCAGCACUCUUUCUGUGCAUCGUACCUGAUCUACAACCUGUACACAAGAGAGGUGCGGGAGCUGAAUCCUCCGGAGGUGUCAGACUCCGUCCUGCAGUUCGCCUCAUGGGGAGUUCAGGGUCAGCAGCUGUUAUAUAUAUUUGAAAACAACAUUUACUACCAGGCGGAUGUUCAGAGUAGCUCGUGGAGGCUCACGUCCUCUGGGCAGGAUGGGGUGAUCUUCAACGGCAUCACGGACUGGCUGUACGAAGAGGAGGUGCUGCUCUCUCAGGCGGCUCACUGGUGGUCUCCUGACAGCUCCAGACUGGCCUACCUCACCAUCAACGACUCCCUGGUUCCUAACAUGCUGCUGCCCCGCUUCACAGGCUCGCUCUACCCCAGGGGGGUGGAGUACCCAUACCCAAAGAUGGGACAAAUCAACCCCACUGUCAGACUGUAUGUGGUCACUCUGGAUGGCAGCUCCCUGACAACUGAGCUGAGACCUCCUGACAGCUUUGAAAAGAGUGAGUACUACAUCACCAUGGUGAAGUGGCUGAGGCCGGACAGACUGAGUGUGCGCUGGGUGAACCGGGCUCAGAACAUGUCCAUCCUGUCACUGUGUGAUGUCACAACAGCUCACUGCACCAAGAAACACGUGAUGACUUCAGAGAAGUGGCUCGAUCGUCAGAAUGAAGAGCCAGUAUUUUCCAUGGAUUUUACAACAUUCUUCAUCACUUUACCGUUAAAACAAGGUGGCCGCGGGACAUUCAACCACAUCACCAUGAUCUCUAACCAAUCUGAAGGUCCAGAGGUCAACCUGCGCCACCUGACCUCAGGAAGCUGGGAGGUGUCUCACAUUCUGGCCUAUGAUGAGAGCACACACUCAGUAUACUUUCUGAGUUCAGAGGGAGGCUCAACCCAACAACAACUGUACAGUGUCUCCGCUGUGGAUCCGUUUCAUAAAGAAUGCCUCUCCUGCUCUGUCUUCAAAUCAAAGUGCUCAUACUACGAUGCCUCCAUCAGCCCCCAGCAUCAGCACGUCCUGCUGAACUGCAGAGGACCUGGAAUACCCAAAACUACUCUUCACAGACUGAGUGAUAUGAACAAGCACAAGACUGUUGAGGCGAACACAGUAUUAAGACUAGCUCUCAAAAACAGGAGAAUGCCAAAGUGGGAAAGAAGAAUUGUACAAAUCAACAACUUCGCGCUUCGUCUGGAGUUAAUUGUUCCAAUAGCUUUGGAUGAAUCCCUGGAGCAUCCUCUUCUGCUGAUUGUAAACAGCGCCCCAGGUGGUCAGGCGGUGAGCGAGCGCUUCUCUCUGGGCUGGGACUCGGUGCUGGUCAGCUCAGACAGCGUCAUUGUGGCUCGUCUGGACGGCCGGGGCAGCGGCUUCCAGGGUCAGCGGGUCCUGCAGGAGGUCCACCAGAGACUGGGGACUGUGGACGUUCAGGACCAGAUCACAGCUCUAGAGCACCUGGUCAGACUUCCCUAUAUCGAUGGCAACAGAGUUGGAGUAUAUGGAAAGGCGUACGGAGGAUAUCUGUCCUCUCUCCUGCUCCUCUCACACAGCUCCAUGUUCCAGUGUGGCAUCGCUGUGGCUCCCAUCACUAACUGGAGACUCUACGGGUCGGCCCACACUGAGAAAUACUUUGGCUUCCCAGCGAAAGAAGAUCACAAAUACCAAAUCUCCAGUCUGCUCAGUAACAGCACAGCAUCGAGUCCUCUGAAGUUUCUGAUCAUCCACGGCACCGCAGAUGCCACCGUUCAUUUCCAGCAUUCUGCUGAGCUGGUCAAACUGCUGUCAGCGUUAAAUGUGAACUACACUCUCCAGAUUUUCCCAGAUGAAGGACACAGCAUCGCCUCCACCAGGAGCCAACACUACAUGCUGAACUCAGUGCUCACCUUCUUCAGGCGCUGCUUCGAGGAGAAGGCGGUUGUCAUUCCGCAGACGUCCAAAGAGUAUGACUAGUGAACGUCCUGUGAAGAGACAGGUUUGUGAAGAGCGUAUAAAUUAUGGUCCUGAGCCACAGAGAGGCUGUGGUCUCCUGAAAGGCUGCUGUCUGUUAAAGCACUCCAGAAGCACUAGCAUGUAGCAUACCUAGCAUAACGUUUGCUAGGACCUGUGAGGCUUCCACUGAGGGUUAUGUUGUGAAAUAGAAAAGAUGGAUUUAUUGUCACUGUAGUUACUACUUUAGAUUAUACCUACUGUUUGUAAUGUUUGAGCCAUGUACUGAGUACAAAUGUCAGGGAAUCAAAGAAACGUGUAUAUUUCUACUUUAGAAUAUUAUUUUAGCUGUAACCUACUGUGACUAUUUUUAUUUACUGCGAUCAAAAGACUUCACUUGGGAGAUAAUAUCACAAGAAAAUGUGCAGGUGCCUUCACAUCUUUCCACUUUCAUGUAUAAUCAAAUAAUGAAUUAUGGAUUACCAGAGCAUCUGUUUCUUCAGUAACGGUUGAAUGAGUCCUUUAACAAUAAAAACAAUUGCCAUAUGCCGGGGUUUCAUCACUUUCAGGGAAACAUUGUGAAACUUGUCUCCUUUGGGAAUGGAUUUUUAUUUCUCUGAGGGUGAUUUAACAAUAACUGUACUUUGAAGUGAUUAAAAACCUGUCUGGAAUCAGCUGUAUUAAAAGCCAUAUUUACCUGUUUAUCAAUUCGCUGGUUCUUCAUUUUUUUUUUUCAUGGAAUAAGUUGUGUGAACUCUAUCCUCUUCAGUUGAGAGUAUGCUUUUGUGUGAAAAUGAAGUCAAAAUAUUCUUUGCUAAUCUGAUCAAUUAAAGCAUGCUAACGAUAACAUGUACAGCUCCAGAUUGUCAAAUUAAGACACCACUUCAGCAUUAUCAGUUUCUCCGGUUUUACUAUUUAUAGGUAUGUCUUUGAGUUCAAUGAUUAUUUUUUAUUUAAUUGUAUUCUAUAAACUACUGACAACAUUUCUCUUUGUUGGAAAUCAACACACACUGGAAUGGCUGCCAUUCAUGUAGAGAUAAAGAUUUAAGAAACAUGUGGAGUGGUCUCAUUUUUUCCAGAGCUGUAUGCAUUUAUAGGACCAAUAUGAAGACUGAACAAACUGGAAGUGAAUUCUAUUUAGUUUUCUGAAAAUGAGGCCAAUAGAUGUUCUAUAUUCUGCCAGCAAAGCUUCAAACAAAUGAACAGCUGACAAACUAAACACAUGACUUCCUCUGUCAAGGUUAUAAAAGCCAUCCGUAGAGUCAGUAAACCUAAUCACACGGGCAGGUUCUGCUGUUUCAAUAGUUUGAGCCUCGUUGUUUUUUAGACAUGAUGUAUUCAUACUUUGGUAUAUUGGCACCAUUAUAGUUAUAAAAGCUUUUAGCUUGAACUAUUUUUGCAAUGUAAACAUGUGGAUUCCUCUGAAAACUUCCCCUACAACAUCUGAAGCACCUUUUUCUAUCAUUUCUUUGAAGGUUUUCUUAGCUGAAAUUGAUUUUCAAUGGGCAGGGAGUUUUUUUUACUCAAAUUCAUGCAGUAUAUGUGGUUCCCUUUCAACUGUUACGAACUUCCCUGUGGAUGCUUUGUGAUUGCAGUAUCACAGAUCUCAUGAAUAAGUCCACUCAAUAUGGAAUAUUUUUCCCCAACAACUGUUGUUUUGAGUGUUUAUGAGCGACUGGAUUCUUCACUGUUAAAUAUCCCAAAAUGUGAAACUAGCGAGAUAUUUCAAAGGUCAUGAACUGUUAAUGAUACAAACGUAUUCUGUACAGAGUGCUAAACAAACUGAAACGUUGACUGUAAUUAUAUGUCUACAAAUUUCACAUAACUGUAUAAGGUCAGUUGAAAGCAAUAAUGUUACACUUAAUGUGGUUUGACAUAAUACAUUUAAUUAAAGUCAGCGUUUCAGUUAUUUCACAGCAGAUCAUUUCCUUGAUCCUGUGCUGCGUACCUCUGCAUUUACUUGAUUCUGUCCUAUAA